AUGGAGUAUAACGCAUCAGUCGAAGAAUUCCGAGAUGAUGAGUAUCCGAAUAUGACCCAAGGGGCUUAUCUCGAUCACGGAGGGACAACCAUAUAUGCCAGAUCUCUUAUAGCUGGUUUCUCUCAGGCAAUGAUAGGUAACCUCUGGGGUAAUCCGCACUCCGAAAACCUCCCUGCAAAGCUGUCGGGUGAGAUGGUGGACAGCAUCCGUGCAAAGACACUCGACUUUCUCGGCGCAGAUCCAGAGCAUUUUGAUCUUGUAUUCGUGGCUAACGCCACUGCGGGUAUUAAGCUUGUUGCUGACGCUUUUCGUGACUUGGGUGACAAAACACCAAGUAAAAGCUUCUGGUACGGAUGUCAUAGUGAAGCACAUACCAGCCUUAUUGGUAUACGGGCACUGGCACCAGGAGACUAUCACUGUUUCAAAGAUGAUGAAAGUGUCGAGGAAUGGAUCUCUCGACCAUUCAACUGUCCAAAUCAGACCCGAAAAGGAUACCCAUCAAGUCUGGGCUUAUUCGCAUAUCCAGGUCAAUCGAAUCUUAGUGGACGCCGCUUACCAAAGACGUGGCCAAGAAAGAUUCGCAAACACCCCCAACUCCGAAAUACAUAUACCCUUUUCGACGCAGCAGCUUUGGCCAUGACAAGCUCUUUGAGCUCCCUGUUCGAAGACCCCUUAGACGCACCGGAUUUCACUUGCCUCUCACUUUACAAGAUCUUCGGGUUUCCUGAUUUGGGAGCUCUGGUUGUCAGACGAGCCUCUGGGCAUAUACUAUGCCUGAGAAGAUAUUUUGGCGGAGGAACAGUCGCACAGUUAUCGCCGUUGGAAGAUACACGGGUUAUGAAGAAAGUGCCCGGUCUUGGCAAUAAAUACAUGUCAUGGAAUAUUCACGACGGACUUGAAGACGGCACACUGCCUUUUCACAGUAUUUUGGCGCUUGGAAUUGCCAUCGAUACGCAUCUUAGGCUAUAUGGAUCUAUGGAUGUCAUAUCUCGCCAUUGCAGCUACCUCGCUCGCUCUCUAUACGAACAGUUAGCAGAUCUCAAGCAUAGGGAUGGAUCCGCAGUGGUCGAAUUGUACGCCGACGAACCUGUCAUGUAUGGCGACCCUUCAGCACAAGGGCCAACUUUUGCUUUCAAUAUCACGAGGGAGGAUGGAUCUUACGUACCUUGGACGGAGGUAGAAAGACUCGCCAAUAAUGCCGGGGUAUAUAUCCGAGCAGGAGGCGUUUGUUGUCCUGGGGGAGUAUCUCGAGCUUUGAAGUACGAAGAAUGGGAGUGGGAUCGCAUCUUCUCAAGUGGCCACGCCUGUGGUUCAAGUGAACAGGCGGUUAUACACAAUAAACCGACUGGUAUUGUCCGCGCGAGUCUAGGUGCCAUGACUACCAAGCGAGAUAUAGAGGCUUUUGUCUCAUUCCUUCAAAGCGAGUUCAUCUUUAAAAAAGCUGCCAUUCCAUUAUUAUUGGGAACGUCAAAUGAAUUGCCAAUAAGAGAGACUAUUCAUGCUAUUGUUUUGAUCGCAACAAUGGCAAAGAAAAAGAGCAAGCAAGCUGCUGCUGCUGAGGGGCAGGAUACGACUCCCGAUCAAGUUUCGCAGACCCAGACACAGCCUUCCAGCACCACGACCACAAAUUCAAGCGCAAAUGGAGUUCAGAAGAAGAAAUCAAAGGCCUCUAAGGAAACGUCCUCAGCUUCUUCUUCGCAGACACUCAACAUUUGCCGGAACAAGCAUUGGCGAUACAUUUCUUCCUACCAUGGACCCUGGCUGCAGAUGCCUAUCGAGAUCCUCGAAACAAUCGCAAACAUCAACUACAACACCCCACGACCUCGUCCAAUCGACCCAGCCGUCCUGUUCGAUCUGCUCAAGAUCCGCCGUCUUGUUGACGAAGCCACAAAUCUCGCUGUGAGAGCUGCUAGUGACAUUGCCUCACCAGUGUUGACCAACGUACAUGGUGGUUUGCCCGGGUCAGGGUCCAUGUCUGCGCUGGGCAUGACAGGUCCAGGGCAUGGGAUGAAAUUGAGUCAUAAGCGCAAGUCGCAGAUGAGAGAGCAGGCAAGUCAGAAGCUUAGUCGCGCAUACCAUCUAGACGAAAUCGCUUGCAGUGUUGCGACAAUGCAGGGCGCAUCAACGAUAGAGGAAAUUGGUGCCGUGGUAUUGCAGCGCAACCCACAAGAUCCCGAUGCUAAAUAUGUACAUUUUUUCCAUGAGAAGAUACCCUCACGCCAGUUGGCCGAGUCCACCAGCCUACAGCCCUUGACCGAGAUCAUAGCUGAGAGACCCAACGAAAGUGAGGCCCUGCGCACUCGCGCCAUCGUCAGGACCUUCAAGGAAGACUAUGAAGGUGCUGCACAAGACCUGACAACCGCCCUCGCCGUAUGUCGAAUACAUCAACAACCGCACCGACCAAGUGAGGAGGUCAAGUCACAGCAGUUGCAGACAGGAAAACGAUGGCGCCAAGAGGUUGCCCCAGCUGAGAAAGAUCAACCGAGUAGCUUAGAAAUCCAGCUGUCCUUCUUGCGUGCCACAACGUACUUGUCUCUAGCAUGUCAACACAUUGAGCACGGCCUCACUCCGAACCAGGAACAGAAUGGUCAUGUGGAUUCAGCCAAGUCGAAUGGCAAAGUGGAUGCAGAAUCCGAUGGUCAGGAAUCACAGAAGCACGACGAAAACUCUCUCCUUAAACAGACCGAGGCGCGGAAGCUUGUCAAGAAAUACGCAAAGUGGGCGCUCCGGGAUUUACUCACCUACCUCUCACAUUUCGAGUAUGCGCCCAACCUGCCAAACUUAAUCGCAAAGGACUUCAAUGACCGUGUGAACCUAUCCGCGCAAGGUGCGCGCAAUCCUCGGCCAUCGGAAGCGACAUACCUCCUCGAACCGCACACCACCUACAACCUCGCCGAGCUCUUCGCUGCUGUUCCCCCAUCAGAUCUGCCUCCUUACCCCAAUGAGGAGGUCAUAAGCCCCAACCGACAAACUCAGUUGCCAGAUCCCCCGACAACAUGCGAGUUGUUGACUUACCACCCCCUGAUAACUGAUGCCCUUCAUUCACUCCUCCUUUGUCAUUGUCUCAUCCAGACUUCAGCGAAGGAGGUACAGCGCCACACCUAUAUGGCGGCACGUUUGAUUCGCCUGGCUGAUGGGUAUCCGAUAUUUCAAGCGAGUCGCUCCCCAGCCCGGUCUGACUGGUUAGAAGUCCUCCGUCGCGCCGACGACAGCUGGCUCCAGCUUAGUGCAUCAUGGGACACUCUCUGUGCGCCCGCACCACUCCCUCACUACGAUACCCUGCCACCUGGCGCAGCGAACAUGCACACCGGCGCCUCUCGCAAGGAGGCCGCUGCCGCCGCCGCAUCUUUGAUCAAUGGGGGCUCCAACGCUGGCAAAUCUGUGCCAAGUGCUGAAGAACAGCGCCGACUUCGUAUGCGCGAACGUGACCAGCGAGUCCGUGUUGCUCUCAGCGACCAGAGAGUCUGCGAUGAGGAUACAUUUCGCGCAGCUAUCGAGGCCCAAGAGAAACGCGCAGAACAAGAAGAUCGUGCAGCAGCUGCCGCCGCCGCUGCCAGCGAGGUCUCGCCUGACGGUGCAUCUAACCCCGACGCACACCCGAAGCGAUGGGUUAUCGACGACAGCAAAGAGUACCCUGUUUGUACUGCGAGGGCUACACUUAUCGCGCAGUGGGUUUGCGAAGCACCCGUUGUCACGGGUACUACAAGGCGCAAGAAGCGGACCAAGAGGCCCGAAGGCAAAUUAGAUACAUUGGCUGCUUCUGCAGAGAAAAUGAGUCUCAAAGAUGAUGCAGCGGCGGGAACGUAA